GGAAAAGAAAAAUGGAAAAGAAAUAAGAAUACACGCUGGAUACUGUCUGGAUACUGCAGGAAAAGGUGUGACUAUCUCUACUGUACCUCCAUUUGCUCUUUGAGGUUUAAAGUUUCUCUACCAGGAGAUGCCACAGUUACCAGCUGGGAUUGCUUACCGGAUCCUUUACUGCUUUGAGAAUGUGCUACACCUUGGCUUUUUAUAGCUUCAAACACUGUUCCCCUUAAGAAAGGAAGAGCUUUCAGGGGACUGUGCUUCUCUGCUCCUGAUGGGAGCUACUGUGGAACGCGGUUCAGAAAUGGAGCAAAACCUGGCCGGUCCAGAAGCAGGAAGGAACUCUGAUGCUCUCCAGGCUGGGAGCCAGGUGGAGUUCAGGGCUGCUAAGGUGAUGCCAGGGGAGUUCAGCUACACUGUGGAUGCACAAUGCCUUCGCUUCCGGCAGUUCCACUACCAGGAGGUUUGGGGACCCCGGGAGGUGUGCAACCAGCUCCGUGAUCUUUGCUUCCUGUGGCUCAAACCCGAGCGGCAUACAAAGAAUCAGAUCCUGGAUUUAGUGAUCCUGGAGCAGUUCCUGGCUGUCCUUCCCCCAGAGAUGGAGAGCUGGGUUAGAGAAUGUGGACCGGAGACUAGUUCCCAGGCAGUGGCCCUGGCUGAAGGCUUCCUGCUGAGUAAAGCUGAAGAAAAGACUCAGGGAGAGCAGCAGGUGGGAGCAUUUCAUCCUGGUAAUUGCAAAGAGCAGGGGCAGGGAAUUUUUGCAGACAUGGCCAGUGAAGUGGGGAAAGCCCCUUCGUGCAUCAGACCCAGAACAUUUUUCAGGUGGAUUGUGGAGGAAUGUGACCCGAUUGCUUCUUUGCAGGGUGAAGGAAUGACACCAAUGAUCCAGUCGUGGUUGCACCCAUGUGGAAAUGGAAUAGAACCAGCUCCUGCACAACCUCUUCAGGAUCUGGUAACUUUUGAAGAUGUGGCAGUCUACUUCACGGAUGAGGAGUGGGCGUUGCUGGAUCCAGACCAACAGGCCCUCCACGUGGAAGUGAUGGAGGAGAACUGUGGGAAUUUGGCUUGUCUGGCCAGGGACGGCUGGGAGGGCAAAAUGGAGGACGAAGACCAUGGGCUGUUUUCUGAGAAGGCUGUGGAUAAGGAAGAGGACAGGCAGAGCCAGAAGAUGGAAGAGAAAGAGAAGAGGACACCUCCAUCCCCUGUUUUUCGGGAAUCUGCGGCCUGUGAAUUCCCAGCCCUAGAAACUGCAUGCAGGGGAAAAAGAAGCAGCAAGUGCCUGGUGUGUGGGGAAAGCUUCAGCUGCAAGUCGAGCCUUAAUGCUCAUUUGAAAACACACAAAGAGGAUAAACCUUUUAAAUGCUCCAACUGCGGAAAAAGUUUCUCUCAGAAGAAAGGCCUCAUAAGGCAUGAGAGGAUUCACACGGGAGAGAAGCCCUAUACUUGCCUGGAAUGCGGGAAGAGCUUCCGUCAGAGUGCAGCACUCAUCACCCACCAGCGCAUUCACACCGGGGAGAAGCCGUACACUUGUCUGGAGUGUGGAAAGAGCUUCUGCCAGAAGACCACGCUGGUCCGCCACCAGAGAAUCCACACAGGCGAGAAGCCCUAUGCAUGCAUGGAGUGCGGGAAGAGUUUCAGUCAUCGGUCGCAACUGACGUCCCAUCUGAGAGUCCACACAGGGGAGAAACCAUACAAAUGUUUGGAAUGUGGAAAGAGUUUCAGUCAGAACACAAACCUGACAUUGCAUCAGCGAACUCAUACCGGAGAGAAACCCUUUCGGUGCCUGGAGUGUGGAAGGAGUUUCAGUCACAGCUCAACUCUGAUGGCCCAUCAGAGAACCCACACAGGAGAGAAACCGUUUACCUGCUUAGACUGCGGGCAGAGUUUUGCCCAAAACGCAAGCCUUAUUUUCCAUCAAAGAACCCACACGGGGGAAAAACCGUACAUGUGUUCAGAAUGCGGUAAAAGUUUUAGUACCAGCACGAGCCUGACUUCGCAUCGCCGGAUUCACACAGGGGAGAAGCCAUAUACUUGUGCUGAGUGUGGGAAGAGCUUCUGUACGAGUACAAACCUUGUCACUCAUCAAAGAAUCCACACGGGGGAAAAGCCAUUUAAAUGCUCUGAGUGUGGGGAAAACUUCCGUAAGAAAGCACAUCUCCUUCGACAUCACCUCACACACACUGGGGAGAAGCCAUAUAAAUGUGUGGAGUGUGGGAAGAGCUUUAGUGAGAAAAGAAACCUUAAUUCACAUCAGAGGAUCCAUUCCAAGUAUUGGAGUGAGGAUCCUUGCAACAGUGGUUGGGGACUUCCUUCUCUAAAUGCAGAUUGUCCCCCCAUUUCACAGGACACCAGUUCUUUCCAGAGUCAUCUGCGGCACAAUUCUAAUCCAGGAGAAAAUUUGGAGUGCUUCACAAUAUUUCUCAAUGAAUAGAUGACAAUCUCUCAAAUUUUUGUUGUUGUUGCAAUUCCGAAAAGAAGAUAGGUGAAAAUAAUAAAGAACCUCAUGAAUCAA